UUUCAUCUUUUCCCUUUCCCCUUUUCUUCCGAAGAUCGUAAAAAUCCAAGCUUUCCGUUCAUCUUUACGGCGAUCGAUCCCUUCUUCGACCCACUUCGAGAUCUUCUACUUCCCCAACUUGAAAACCCCUUGACAGAUCUGUCUAUCCAUGACUACAUUUCUCCAUCAAAGACAGCAACAGCAAAAGCCUCUUGUCGACGCCUUCCCCCUUUCCCCUCGCUCUUCCUCCUUCAACUAUGUCUUCCAUCAUCGCACGUCCUCCCUCUUCGGCCGCUCGGGCCUCCUUUUCCUCCUCCUUCUCCUCUCCCUUAUUCUCCUCCUCUGCGUUUUCAUGCCCUGGAUCCGCCCAAUUACACCCUUCCUCUUCUCCUCCUCUUCCUCUUCCGCCCUCUCCCAUUGGCGAGAGUACACCCUAACUCAAGCCGCGGCGUUCGUGGGCGGAAAGAACGGAACCAUCAUCGUUUGCGCGGUGAGCCAACCCUAUCUACCCUUUCUUCAAAACUGGCUCAUCAGCAUCGCCAGACAGAAGCAUCAGGAUGAAGUCCUUGUCAUCGCCGAGGAUUAUGCUACAUUAUACACUGUCAAUCAGAAAUGGCCUGGUCACGCCGUGCUUAUCCCUCCCGUUCCUGAUACCCAGAGCGCUCAUAAAUUUGGAUCCCAGGGUUUCUUCAAUUUUACAUCUCGGAGGCCAAGGCAUUUGCUGGAUAUUUUGGAGCUAGGUUACAAUGUGAUGUAUAAUGAUGUGGAUAUGGUUUGGCUGGCUGAUCCUUUUCCUUAUUUGGAAGGUCGUCAUGAUGUUUACUUCACCGAUGACAUGGCCGUUGUGAAGCCUUUUAAUCACCCGCAUAACUUGCCACAACCUGGGAAGAAAGGAAGAACAUAUAUUUGUAGCUGCAUGAUCUUCCUCCGUCCAACAGAUGGGGCAAAAGCUGUGCUGAUGAAAUGGAUCGAAGAACUUCAACUUCAGCCAUGGUCUAAAAAGAGCAGAUCAAAUGACCAACCUGCUUUUAACUGGGCUUUGAACAAAACAGCUGGCCAGGUAGAUAUGUAUUUGCUUCCUCAGGUUGCUUUCCCAUCAGGAGGCCUGUACUUCAAAAAUGGAACCUGGGUCAAGGAAACAAAAGGGAAACAUGUGAUCAUCCACAAUAACUAUAUUACAGGAUUUGAAAAGAAGAUUAGACGUUUCCAUGAUUCUGGGCUCUGGUUUGUUGAAGAAUAUGCUCAUGAGUCGCCACUUGGGAGAAUAUAAGAACAAGAAGAAUCUGAGGCCUUCUGUUGCUGUGAAUUUCUCCUUGCCGUUUGGGAGAAUUUAGGCCUUACAGCUUCAAGAAAAUAUGUGGUCAAGCUCUGUGACCAAGGAAAGAAGCUGCUGUUGGCUACUCUAAGAUUUAUUUGAGACGGCUUUAUUAUUGCUUCUUAAAGCAACUUCCUAAUUUUUAUUCUAAUAAGCUGCUUUAAGAAGCAGAAAAAAACUGUCCAAACGAAGCCGAAAACUAUUUGUAGAUUUCCUGCUCACAGAUUUGUAUGGGUUGCAGAUGUAGCAUAAAAUUCUAUUGUUUUCCAUUGUUUUAUCUCUCUUUUAGGCUCAUUUGUUUUCUUGUAAA